AUGGUGACACAUCCCAAGGUCAUGAAGAUAUACACUGGCAAGAAGAGAAAGAAGCCCAGUCCUAAAGGCAAGUUUGGUGGCACCCUCCUCCAGUAUCUCUAUUCCAAAUGCACCGAGUGGGAGGCCUGUGACUCCGUGAAGAAGACAGGCGAUUUUUACACAAAGGUCGCCAAGUACCUACUCGCCAAGCAUGGCUGA